UGCUGCUGACUGUGUUGGACUCCAGAGCGUCACCCCGACCUGACGCACUCUUGUACCAGAGCACAGCUGUCACCAGUACUUCAUGCUUAUUGGCCCAAGACCGAGAGAGGCAGAGGCAAAGCAAAGGCAAACAACUGGGGAGAGAGAGAGAGAGAGAGAGUUGGACCCCUGCGCUCCGCUCCAUCGAUCCGCAAAGGCGCACAGAGGAGCUUCCGUGGGACGUCGGCCACAGUUUCUAAGCGAUUUGGGGGGAUAUGCCAAAAGUGGAUUCGCUGUUUGGAUCAUGCUACUGGGAAUUUUGGUAGUGCUGGUCUUCUGCCUGUUGGGGACUGAUGUCAGCAGAGCUUAUGUGUUCCAAGCCAGCCGGCCAGUAGAGGGGGGAGACAACCCGGCGCCUCACAUUAAAGUCAUCUCAGAGUGGGUCAGCUCAGCGGGCUCCUGUAAGGGGAGGUGCUUUGAGCUGGAGGAAGCCAAACCUCCAGGAUGCAGAUGUGACAACCUGUGUAAAACCUACUACAGCUGCUGCUUCGACUUUGACGAGCACUGCCUGAAAACAGCGGGAGGCUUCAAGUGCACGCAAGAGCGUUGUGGGGAGGAGAGGAAUGACGACCACGCUUGCCACUGCUCAGACGACUGUCUGGACAAAGGAGACUGCUGCUCCAACUACAAGUCGCUCUGCAAAGGUGAAACGUCAUGGCUGCAGGACGACUGUGAGGAGAUCAAGAGCGCCGAAUGCCCUGCAGGCUUCAUCCGCCCUCCCCUCAUCAUGCUGUCUGUCGAUGGCUUCAGAGCCUCCUACCUGAAGAAGGGAAAAUCUGUCAUCCCCCAUAUGCAUAAACUCAGAACGUGCGGUACAUCAGCGCCCUACAUGCGACCAGUCUACCCGGCAAAGACCUUCCCAAAUUUGUACACCUUGGCCACGGGCCUUUACCCAGAGUCUCAUGGGAUUGUGGGGAACACCAUGUAUGACGCGGUGUUUAAUGCCACCUUCACCCUGAGAGGCAGAGAAAAACUGAACCACCGCUGGUGGGGCGGGCAGCCUAUUUGGAUCACAGCAGAGAAACAAGGAGUGAAAGGAGCCACCUUCUUCUGGCCUUGGGUGAUUCCUCUGGAGAGGAGGAUUUUAACAAUCCUGCACUGGCUGCAUCUUCCUGAUGAUGAGAGGCCGUACAUCUAUGCCGUCCACUCAGAGCAGCCCGAUACCUUCGGACAUCGACUGGGACCACUCAGCAGCGAGCUGGAUAACCCUCUGAGGGAGAUCGACAGCAUCAUCGGUCAGCUGAUGAACGGCCUGAAGCAGAUGAACUUGCAUCGCUGCGUCAAUGUCAUCGUUGUGGGAGAUCACGGUAUGGAGGAGGCCCAUUGCGACAGGAAAGAGUUUCUCAGCAGCUACCCCCUCAACAUAGAUGAGAUCAUGCUGAUCCCCGGCUCGGUGGGCAGAAUACGCCCCAGAGACCCCAAGUCCAGCUCAUAUGACCCACAAAUAGUUGUUGCAAAUCUCACUUGUAAAAUGCCAACUCAGCGCUUCAAGCCGUACCUGAAGCAACAUUUGCCCAAGAGGCUUCACUACGCGAACAACCGCAGGAUCGAGGACGUGCACCUGCUAAUGGAGAGGAAGUGGCACAUCGCCAGGAAAAUGCCAGAAAAGCUGAGGACUCACUGUGGUUUCUUUGGUGACCACGGCUUCGACAACAAGAUAACCAGCAUGAGGACGAUCUUUAUGGGCCACGGGCCGAGCUUCAGGUUCCAGAAAACAGUCCCAGAGUUUGAGAAUAUAGAAUUAUACAAUGUCAUGUGUGACUUGUUGGGGUUGAAGCCAGCCCCAAACAACGGGACUCACGGCAGCCUGAACGAAAUGCUGAGGGAGCCACCGUUCCAGCCCCACAUGCCAGAGGAAGUGACACCACCGUCACCGGCGUCUGACUUGAAGCUCACUGUGACCCAUGACCUGGGCUGCAGCUGUGAUGAUGAGAACAAAGUCGAGGAGAUUAUUGAAGCUUUCAAUCCUGCACCAGAUGGAAUCUACAGCUACAACAGCACCCACCUGCCAUUCGGCCGUCCAGCGGUGAUGUUUAAUACACAGUACAGUCUUCUUCAUCAUGUGGAGUUCAUCAGUGGCUACAGCAAAGAGCUGGCCAUGCCUCUGUGGACAGCAUACGCACUGCCACGGCAGGAGGACUUGACUCCUGUUCCAGAGGUUCCUCUUGACGCUCACUGUGUCCGAGUUGACUCCAGAGUGUCAGCCGAUCACAGUCAGAGCUGCACCGCCUACAGCCAGAGCAGCCACCUCACCUACGGCUUCCUCUUCCCCCCAGAGCUGGCAUCGUCGGCCGAGUCCAGAUACGACGCUUCACUCAUCACCAACACUGUUCCCAUGUACCCUGCCUUCAAGAGAAUCUGGAGUCACCUACAGGGGACGCUGCUGAGGCGUUACGCAGAGGAAAGCGACGGCAUCAACAUUCUCACUGGGCCCAUCUUUGACUACAACUACGAUGGCCUCCGCGACACCACAAAGAAAAUCAGAGAGUUUUCACCCAACGUCCUGCCCAUCCCCACCCACUACUACAUCGUGGUGACGAGCUGCCAGGAGCUGAACCGGACUGUGGAGGACUGCGACGGGGCGCUCAGGGUCUUUUCCUUCCUGCUUCCUCACAGACCAGACAACAGUGAAAGCUGCAAUAGCGCCGAGGAUGAGUCACAGUGGGUUGAAGACCUGAUGAAGAGUCACACAGCCCGGGUCCGAGACAUAGAAAUCCUGACAGGCCUGGACCUCUACCGAUCCACCAGCCUCACCUACACCAGCACCCUGAGGCUCAAAACCUACCUGCACACCUUUGAGAGUGACGACUAGAUGCACAGAGACAGACAUACACAUACAGGACGUAGCCCUUUGUAGAAGUCCUACAUUUUCACCGCAUGCUCCCUGGACAGCCAAUGUGCUGCUGUUCCACUCCUGAGGAACUGCCUGAGAAGUGCCUUGAAAAGGGAACACAUUUUAAAAAAUUAAAAAGAUUAUACGAGCAGUUUUGACAAGUCACAGUUUGGAAGGUUACAACAGCAAUAUUCAGUGCUAUCCACGAUAUCUGAGAAAGAAUAAGCUAGCAUGGGAGCGUUGCAGGAUGGGGGACUUUCUCGACAGCUACCACUACACAGAGAUACAGUGUUGUUAUACACACGUCAAAGAACCAUGCCAGUGUUUUAGCUGCUUAGCUGUAAGUGACAUGUACUUUAUAUUUCCACUAACUAUGUAUUACAUGUUGUAGAAUUUAAACAUUUUUGAAUGUGUUUUCUUACUCAAAAGAAAAACCGGUUAGUAGUCUCUUUAGUUGUGCAACUGAUCUCGUAGAACAUCAGCCCAGUGUUAGUUCAACAUCAUAGUGAGGUCACCCAGUGAUGGCUUUUUAUAGCAAACUGCACUCUAACCUUAAAAUUAAAUUUUCAUACUGUAUGGAAAAUCAGUUGUAGCCAAUGACUGAAAAUUUGGAAAGGCAUUAAAGCUAAAUACAGUGUGUUUUACAAAAGUCAGCCAUAAUAAAAAUGUAUGUGCAGUUAAUGUGCCAAAACAUGCAAAAUAGCUGGUAUUUUUUUCUAAAUGAAUAGUUUGGCAGUGUAGAAAAUACACAGAUUUUCCUUCUUGCUGAGAGUUCAGUACAAUAGAUAUAAACACACCAGACAUGUCAUGCUCACUAACAGCGGCGAGUAUUCAGAUUCCUUCAAGAGUUCAUAAAAUAUGUGGCAUUAAACACAUAAGAAAGGAAGCUAAACGAAAUGGAUCCAUAUGGACAGACUCCCUGAUAAAUUUCAUUAUUGCCAAGAAUUUUCUUCACUCACAUGUCUGACUAGCAGCCUCUGUGGGUUACCACCAGGUGCCCACAGCGGAACCAGCCAGCUUUUUCGGUACUUUCUGAUAAAUAGUUUUGUUUUUGACUGCAUAAAACGACAGUGUGUCAGUGACACGUAAAAUGGUCAAAGGAAAAUAAACUCAAAGAAGAAAAGUUGGAACAGUUCUC